AUGAGCAAUACAUCUAAAUUAAAGCCUAAUAAUCAUUUGCUAGCAUAUGAGGCUGCAGAGGCAAAAUGUAAAGAAAAGUAUCCUAAAAUUGAAGUAAUUUAAUGAUAAAAUCUAGGAAUGCAUGGAUAUUUCGAAUAUUUAAGUUGAUAUGAAACUAUGCAAAUAGAUGUUAGAAAGAUUUUCAGAAUGCUUCAAUGUUCAUAAGCCGGUUGCAUAUAUUUAAUUAGGAAAAUAAAGAGAAUGA